AUGCUGCCCGCCACCUUCAAGCUCUGCGCUGCCACCUCCUACCGGCACCUGCGCAACGUGACCGGUCUACGGCGACAAGCGGCCGCGGCGCUCGGCCAGGAGCUGAGCAGACUGUCCCGCCGCGGCGCCGCUCCCGGCGCCUGGAUCCACCACGUUCGCCGGAGAAGCUCCUUGCUCGGCUCCAGGCUGGAGGAGAAGCCCUUCAGCGAGCUGGAAAUGUCGUAUAUCAAGCAAGGAGAAGAAGCCCUUCAGAAGUCGCUCAGCAUCCUCGGCGACCAGGACGGCUGGAAGACGGAGACGUCGGCGGAUAACGGGGACAAAGUGCUGAGCAAGGUGCUCCCGGACGUGGGGAAGGUUUUCCGCCUGGAGGUGGUGGUGGAGCAGCCCCUGGACGCGGUGUACAGCGAGCUGGUGGACAACAUGGAGCAGAUGGGGGACUGGAACCCCAACGUGCAGGAGGUCAAGAUUCUGCAGAAGAUUGGGAAAGACACCGUGAUCACCCACGAGAAAGCGGCCGCCGCCGCCGGGAACAUCGUGGGGCCGCGGGACUUCGUCAGCGUCCGCUGCUCCAAGAGACGCGGCUCAACCUGCGUCCUGGCCGGGAUGGCCACGACGUUCGGAGCGAUGCCCGAGCAGAAAGGAUUUAUAAGAGCUGAGAACGGCCCCAUGUGCAUGGUCCUGCGCCCAGUGUCCGGCAAUCCCUCCCAAACCAAGUUAACGUGGCUCCUCAGCAUUGACCUCAAGGGGUGGCUGCCCAAGACCAUCAUCAACCAGGUGCUGUCGCAGACUCAAGUGGACUUUGCCCAUCACCUCCGCGAGCGCCUGGCCCGGACGGUCGGGACCUGCUGA